AUGUCUGGCUAUACUAGCGAUGCCGUCAACAAUAUCAAAGAACAAGUUGACGGUUUUACAAAGAGUUUUCAGCAAACUCUGACUAGAUCACUUAAACUUUUGCAAGAGAAAGCAGAAAAUGAAAUGGAAAACAUCAAUGGUGCCAAGUAUAUAAAAGCAGACAAGCUAAACGAGAUAGUGGGCUCAAUCGAAAAGAAAAAUAUCAAAGGAAAUCUAACAAAUCUCUUCCAGAAAAAACUUCAACGAUUUGUACCUAAUUUGUUAGCAAUUACUAAUGGUGGUAACAUCUUCAACGAUGCAACAUCAGCAGUCAAUUCUCCAUUCAAAAACGCACAAAGUACCACUCAAAAAAUUCAGCCAGAUGUCAGUGGAAAAACGGAUGGGUCCGUUUCAUCAAAUUUUCAACAUACUAUUGCUGAUAAAUCUCUGUCACUUCAACAAAAAGUUAAGGAUGCGAAAGAUGAUAUAGCUUAUGGGGCAACCAAUUGUAGCAGUGGAGAAGUCAAUGGCAUCUCGCAUGAAAUCAACGUUUUAAGACAACGACGUCAUCGGAUUAUACAAGAUGCAUCGUUAGUUGUUGCCAUUACUUCUUCCAAUGAAACACUUACAGAUGAAAAUAAUGAGAAUAAUAUUGAUAUAUUUAAUUAUGAUGUACAACUUUCAGAUAUAGAUAAUUUACACAGCAAUUUGGAGGAAGAUGAUUAUAAUAUACCAACAGAAGUUUGUAGUGAAAGUGAUGAUGAUGAUGAUACUAACAACAUCCUAGAUAAUUUAGACGAAAAUGGUAACACUAUUGGUAUAGAUUAUGAUGAACAACUACGAGUUGAUGUAUCAUAUUCAUCAAAUGCACUGGAUUUUCCCAUUAUAUCGAGGAGCAGCUAUAACGCUGUACCAAUUAGUCCUGUUAAAUGUAAAGUUGGUUGUGAAUUAUAUGGAAUGUCACAUAGUACUGACGGCUCAACUGAAUUGUGUUAUGUUAAUGUUCAUGAGCGCUUAUAUAAAAUUGCCAAACGUAAUGUGCCUUUAAUUUUGGAAUAUCCAAAAUUGCCACAUAUUUUAUUAUCUAAUGAUAUUUUAAAUGUAAUGUUUAUGGGCAAAUGA